AUGUCGUUCGGGGGUGGUUUCGGUGGCUUCGGCCAGCAGAACCCGACCCAGCAGACCGGCGGCUUUGGCGGCUUUGGGUCCACCAGCAACACUACGACAGGAGGGUUUGGAACAAAUACAAACUCAUUUGGCGGCGCCACUCAGAACACCGGUACCGGUCUCUUUGGCAACACCGGAGCAACUGGCGGCGGCUUUGGAUCCUCGACCGGAGGCUUUGGCAGCACCGGCACUGGCGGUUUCGGUGCGAAGCCUGCAUUCGGGGCGACGACCUCAGCCGGUGGCGGUCUGUUCGGAUCCACGACGGCAACUGCUGGUAGCUCAGGCUUUGGCGGCGGCGGCGGAUUCGGUAAUCCUGCAGCAACCUCUUCACCAUUCGGUGCCGGCGGCGGCACCUCACUGUUUGGCUCCACAGCAGCUAAACCUGCCUUCGGCUCAACGACGGGCACUGGUGGCCUCUUCGGCACGACGCCUGCUGCCAGCACGACGUCAUCUUUUGGUAGUGGCACCACGGCUGGGUUUGGCGCGACGGCCAACCCGGGUAUUGGCACCAAUGUUGGUGACCCUCCUGGCACCAACUCCGUCGCCUUCCAGCCGUAUAUUGAGAAGGAAGCAACAACCAACCAGCAAAACAGCUUCCAAAAUAUCCUCUUCAUGGAUGCCUACAAAAAGUGGUCUCCCGAAGAGCUUCGUUUGACCGAUUACAACCAAGGCCGCCGCUACGGCAAUGCGACCGGAACCGGCGCAUUUGGUGUCGGCUCCAACUUUGGCGGCUUCGGUGCGUCAACCACUCCCUCUACGACAGGCACGACUGGCGGUCUGUUCGGUGGUGGCGGGACGACCACUGGUGGCUUCGGCGCCCAGACCGGCACGACCACGGGCGGCUUCGGCAGCACCUCCACUGGCGGCGGCCUGUUCGGCGCGAAGCCUGCCACAACUGGCGGCCUUUUCGGCAGCACCACGCCUGCCCAGCCAGCACAAACGGGUGGUAUCUUUGGUGGUGGCGGCACCACUGGUGGAUUCGGCUCGUCUACCACCGCUGGCGGUUUCGGUUCGACGCCCGCUGCUGGUACAGGUUCGCUCUUCGGCAGCACCGCGACCCAGAGUAAGCCUGCUGGCGGAUUUGGUUUCGGAAGCACCACGCAGGGCACGACUGGCUUCGGUGCCACUGGAGGUACAAGCGCGUUCGGCACCCCCCAGGCUGCCACCACUACUGGAGGCGGUCUCUUUGGCAGCACACCGGCGGCCAGCACCACACCUGGCGGUGGUCUUUUUGGCGGCGGUGGCCAGACGGGUGCUGCUUCCUCGGGUUUCGGCACCCAGGCAGCUUCUGGAUUCGGUGCCCAGCAGCAGACCGGUGGUGGCCUUUUCGGUCAGGCUAAGCCUGCUACUGGCGGUCUGUUCGGCUCAACCUCGACACCGGCAGCCGGCACCGGUACAACUGGCGGGUCACUCUUUGGCUCAUCCACGACAUCCACACCAUUCGGCGGCACUGCUGGUACACAGCAGACCGGUGGUCUCUUUGGCGCAAAACCGGCAACAACCACGACUGGCGGCCUCUUUGGUAGCACACCUGCGGCUAGCACGACCACUGGUGGCGGUCUCUUUGGCGGUAUUGGCCAGACAGCCCAGACACAACAGCAGCCGGCGCAGACUAGCAGUCUAUUUGGCAGCUCCCUGGGCCAGGCUCAGCAGAAGCCGUCUCUGUUCGGCACAGCGGCCCCUGCCACCGGCGGCGGUCUCUUUGGCGGCCAGCAGAACCCACAGCAACAGCAAGGCGGUCUGUUCGGCCAGAGCACAACCGCGGUCCAGCCUCAGGCUGGUGGUCUUGGCGGUUCUCUCUUUGGAAACGCGCAGCAAGGCAACCCAGGCCUGGGUGCAUCUCAGGGCCUGACCACGAGCAUCAACGACACUGGUGCAUAUGGUGCGCCCUCGCUCUUCCAGAGCUUGGCCGCCCAAGAGGUGCAGAACCCUGGCCCUCUUGCGACCCCUCUGUCCGUCAACAAGACCAAGACUUCUAGGAGAAGUUCGAUCUUGCCGCUGUACAAGAUGACCCCGGGCUCGGCAUCCAAGUUCGCCACUCCCCAAAAGCGUGGCUACGGCUUCUCGUACAGCACCUUUGGCACCCCGAGCAGCGUUUCCAGCACUGCGAGCACGCCCGGCACCAUGAGCCAGAGCCUGCUGGUUGGUAGCAUCGGACGCGGCGGCCUGACGAAGAGCAUUUCGUCGAGCAACCUGCGCCGGACCUUCAACCCCGAGGACAGCAUUCUGCUCCCCGGCGCCUUCUCGUCCAACUCGGGCCCACGCUUCUACGGCAGCACAGGAAGCAGCAAGAAGCUUGUCAUCAACCGCGACAUGCGCUCUGAUCUGUUUUCCACCCCCAGCAAGGUCAGAGACUCUGGUGGUGCCGAUUCCUUGACCGACGCCAGUCUCGGCAGCACCCGGAAGCUGACCAAGAGAGUGAGCUUCGAUACCACCAUAGCCAAGGAUUCCGUCCCCGAGGGCCUCAACGGUAACAACGGCCCGGCCAGCGGCAGUGGCAGCGAACCGGAUAUGGGCUACCUGCGCCCCCAGAGGCGCCCAUCCAACGGCACCAGCAGCUCCUCCAACACUGCUGGCAACGGCAGCAGCUCCGCGCUGGUUGUCUCGCCGGCGUCCAAUGAGCCCGAGAUGGAGCAGGUCACCGGCAAAGAGCUUGCCAUUGUGCACGAGGAGGAGGCCUCACCCGUGCGAGCCCGUUGCAUCCCCAGCAACUACCGCGUUAACAGCAAGGAGCUUGGCAACUACUGGAUGUCGCCCUCCAAGGAGGAGAUUGAGCAGAUGAACCGCGUCCAGCGCCAGCAGGUCGUCAACUUCACCGUCGGCCGCACGAAUGUCGGCCAGGUGCGCUUCCGCGUCCCUGUUGAUCUGACCAAGAUCAACCUGGACUCCAUCAUGGACGGUAUCGUCACGCUCAUCAUCCGCUCCGCCACGGUCUACCCUGACGUCAACACCAAGCCGCCUGUCGGACAGGGCCUCAACGUCCCGGCUGAGAUCCUCCUUCUUCACACUUGUCCCCGCAGCGGACCAGACGCGAACCCCGCCAAAAUGAAGAAGCAUAUCACGCGCCUCAAGAACAUUCCUGAUACCACUUUUGUCAGCUACGACGAGCAGACCGCCGCGUGGGUCUUCCGAGUGGAGCACUUCACCACCUACGGCCUGGACGACGACGACGAUGACGAGACCGACGCAGAGACAACCCGCCUCUCUGCAGCCGCUGGCAACGCUGCGCCUGUGCCCGCCUACAACACAGUGCUACCGUCGACGGAGCAGGUGAACGACGAGGAUACGUUCGACUUUCGUCGCCGCAAGCACGUCUCCGUCCCCGGUGCGUUUGAUGACAGCCACGACAUUAUGGAUGACGAGGACGAAGAAGGCGAUGUGACUUUCCAGCAGUCUUUUUUAUCUAAUCGCUCCGCGGACAUGAACGCCCAAGCCGUGGUGCCCAUCAGCACGAUGGAGCACGACCACGACAUGGAACAAGGCGAGGAUAGUGGUCUGUAUGAGAACGAGGGCGAGGCGCCUUUUUCUCAGCAGCUCUAUUCUGCCGCGGAGCUUGACGACAACAACAGCCUCGAACCCUACCCCUUCCUCCCCGACCUGCCCCCCGUUGUCCAAGAAACGCCUGCCGGCAUCAUGCGGGCUCGCCUCCGGGCAAUCAAGGAGUCCAACACACCACUGAAGCUGCAGGUCGCCGACGGCGACAACUGGAUGGACAUGCUGCAGAAGACGGUCAGCCCCCAGAAGCGUGACCGUGCCGCUCUCAAGGCACUGGGCGAGAACGGCGCUCCCGAGAAGCCUUCAUUCAACGAAAGCAUCGCCAACUUUGACAAGAAGGCCGCUGCGUCCACCGCGGGUCGUGGCUUCGGCGCAAUCGACAACCGUGGUUUCGCCACCAGCAUCGACCUCAUGAACUCGCUCUUUGAAAAGGCCAAGGCCCCGACGACCCAGGCGCCGGAGACGAUUACCCCCGCCAAGGGAUUUGUGAAGGUCCGUAGUGCCCUCCUCAUCCAGUAG